AUGAAGGAUCGUGUGUCACGAAGAGAUCGUCGCGAGGCGGAAACUAUGAGGGAUCCUGAAGCGGAAUUGGCAAAGAUGCGAGCAUCACUUCAGAGGACGCAGUUGCACAUACACCUCUGUGAGCCUCGAGUGCGAGCGCCGGCUGGCUGUCGCUUUAGAAAUCCUUUCAUUGUGCCAGCGCUGGAGAUGGUCGCAGAGUUGCCUUUUAGGCUACGUGCAAACCUGGAUAUGACCCUACGUGAGAACACCUUUGCUGUACUGGAUGGUGGACCUCCUGGUGUGGAUCUGAAGCUCCAUAAUUCAGACGAACUUCACCAGUUGCCAAUUGCCCAAAUGGGCAAUUACGAAGAGUAUAUCAAAGGAUUAGCAGCUGUCGGACGUGGUCCUCUGCGACCUGUGGAGCCAACUCCUGUUCGGACUCAUGCAUUCGGAAAUCCAUUCAAGACAGAUAAGAAGAGCCUUGCUAUAGAUGAGGUCGGUGAGGGACCAGUUGGUGCUAAUGCAGCUGUGCCAACAACGAAGGAAUCAAGGAGAGAGCGUGUGAAGGGGGAGGGGGUGGGACGACCACCGAAGAGGAAACCAGGUCCCGUGGCUCCUAAUUGCUUACAACAGUGGAGGGAACGACGGCAAACGCUAAGCGAACGGUCCUCUGUGGUUUCCGACUUGUCGUAUACGUCAGAUCUAGACUUGGAAGUGCCCAGCACAAGCAGCGAUGUCCUCGAUGAUAUGGCAGUGAAUGAAGUUACCAACGGAAUAGACACAACAACUUUGAUAGAGCUAGCAGGAUUGGAACCAGAAGCAGAGAGUGCAGAUGAAGAAGAGGAAGAAGAUGUGGUUGCGCCCCCACCAAAGCGGCGGAAAACCGAGCGAUUGUCUGAGGAACAAAUGUUUGAACGAAAGCUGCGGAUAGCACAAAUCGUUCGGCGACACGCGAACAACGGGACUGUGUGGACAGAUUUGUGUCGCGAGACGUCGGCGAACGGUUCUCUGCUGGAUCAGUUGGAUUUGGCUGAUUUCGCCUUGCGCGAUUCGCGUCGCUUUAAGCGUCGUGCGCUCGCCGAUCAGCUGACCGCGGAGAUGCAGCGAUUACGUAAGCUGCUCGCCAUGUGA